CCAAGUGCUACCGAAGAAAACUGCGUAUGCUCCGUGCAAAAAGUGAAAAUUAUGUGAAAAGUGACACCAAAUUGCACUAAAACCAUCUCUAAAUGGCUACCCAGAAACCAGGCGAAUGGGCCAACUCACUGUUGGCCCGUUUUGAGGAGCAGCUUCCCUAUCGUACUGGACCGCAUGGAACGCAAGCGCGCCUCAGCAUCGAUGAAACGAUGAACUGCUUGAUACAGAUCUCGCGCUACCGCUUUUCGCUAGUUAUUUCCGGCCUGACGAAAAUGUUGCAGCGUGUGAACGAAAUUUUUAUUAUGUUACAGUUUCAACCGCCUGCCUGCCGCGGUCACGAUCCGGAACGCUGUUGCUAUGAUUCGUUGAUCAUCAUCUUAGAAACGCUGGAACGUUGCCUGUCCGGCCAGUCGAAGGAUACAGCACGCUUCGAGGAAGCGAUGAACGUGAAGCUGCUUUUGAGAGAAAUUUGUCAGUUUAUCGAUAUUCAAAAUGAAAACAAUCAAAACGCAACAUCGCUGAAAGCGCUCGCAUCGAAAGUGUUGUUCGCACUGUCUCAAAAUCAUUUCGGUGCCGUAUUUAAUCGCAUAUCGGCUCGGCUGCAGGAGCUGAGUACGUGCGCGGAAGAAAACCCCGACUACAGUGACAUCGAGUUGAUUCAGCACAUCGAUCUGGACGUGCACCGGUUGACGAAACUGUUGACGGAAACGAUACAGAAGUUUAAAUCGUUGAAAAAGUCCGCUCACAUGAUACUGCUCAGCUCGCUGGAGAAAGCGCUCUGGAACUGGAUCGAGUUUCAUCCCAAAGAGUUCGAAGAUCUGCAACGAAACCCGAACGAUGAGUUGAGCAAGUGUUGUGAAACAUUUUUCGACAUACUGGAUUCGUACUCGGAAAAUAAGAAAGCCCGUGCUGCUGUUUGGCCGUUGCAGAUUAUGCUGCUCAUACUGAGCCCGAAAGUAUUGGAGGAGAUUGUAAAUGCUGAUUCGGGUGCACCAUGUUCGCCGCGUCAUCUUAAAAAGAAACAUUUCAUGGAAGGUAUAAAGAAAGGACUAGGAGCUCACGCAUCAUCGAAACAAUCAACCGAAUCGGCCGCCAUCGCAUGUGUGAAGCUGUGCAAAGCGUCCACGUACAUCAACAUAAAUGAUUCGAACAACGUUACGUUUCAGCUCGUGCAGAGCGUCAUUAAUGAUCUGAAAGCACUGCUAUUCAAUCCGGCGAAACCGUUUUCGCGUGGACAAGGUUUCAACUUUCAGGACAUCGAUCUAAUGAUUGACUGUUGGGUGUCAUGCUUUCGGAUAAAGCCGCACAACAACGAGGCGCUGAAAGUGUGUCUGAGUCUCAACUCUCCACCGGCUUAUCACUUUGUGAUUGUAAGCUCGCUGCUAAAAAUUGUCACCCAAGCACGCUUACCGUGGUGGCCACAGAUCGAUCUUGUGUAUGCCCGAUCGGGUGAACUUCGAGGACUUUUUACGGAUACGCUAAACAAAGCGACCCAGGGCUACAUCGCGCACACGCCGCUACGAAUGAUCACUUCUUUGACGUUGAAAUCUAAAGACGCCCAGAGCCGAUUAACAAGGCCAGAUGAAGGUCCGGCCCAUAAAGCGCUGCUCUUGCUGAUGGUCCGUCUCAUCCAUGCCGAUCCCAUGCUGCUGUUAAACAGUCUCGGAAAGGCGGGGCACGAGGUACAAAGCUCUACGCUCGAGCUUAUUAACGGACUUGUAUCGCUGGUUCAUCAACCAACCAUGCCAGAUGUGGCACAGGAAGCGAUGGAGGCUCUACUUGCGCUUCACUCACCGGACAAGAUUGAGGUGUGGAACCCGGAGGCACCCAUUAAUACGUUCUGGGAUGUUAGCUCGCAAGUCCUUUUUUCGAUAUCGCAAAAGCUCAUUCAACAUCAGAUUGCCAACUACACGGACGUACUCAAGUGGCUUCGCGAGAUACUGAUUUGUCGGAAUACGUUCCUCCAGCGGCACAAGGAUUAUGCGAACGUUGGAAGCCAGAUAGCGAUAUGUCGCCAGGCACAUAUAAAGCUUGAGGUAGUGUUCUUCAUGUACCUGUGGUCGGUAGAUUUGGAUGCGGUCAUGGUAUCACUUUCCUGCUUUGGAUUGCUUUGCGAAGAAGCCGAAAUAAGGUCCGGUUCAGAUGAGCUUACGGUUGGAUUUAUUCUACCCAACUAUCACCUCUAUCAGGAGUUAUCGCACACUUCGGCAACGCUUGCCUCUCCACAGAAUGCCGAAUCGCGGUACAGUUUUUUCGAGCAUCUGCACGGACGCGUGACACUACAGCGCAACAUAAUGUCGCUGGUAAGGAAGAUUGAACAUUGCGUAAAUGGUGUGCAACCUGCAUGGGAAGAAACGUUUCGCAAUUGGGAGGUAACGAGCAAGUUGCUGCAAAACUACCCCAAAGGUAAACCCGAAGAAGGACAAGCGGAAGUUUUCCACCGCAGCAUGGGCAAACGAAGAGCGAGCCAUCAAAGCUCGGAACAUGAUCUCGAAGAACAAAUCACCGAAUGGGCAAACAUGACAUGGUUUCUGCUGGCACUCGGUGGCGUCUGUUUGCAAAAACCUCGCAAUCAACGACAGGCGGCUCAAGGAUACAAUCUUCCACUAGGGACGGCUGGUCCUUCGUUGAUGCAAUCGACAACUUCGCUAUCGAGCUCGAGUUCGGGACGUGGCUCGAUGCAUCCGAUCAUGGGCUCGCUGGUAUCGUCGAUCGGGCCGGGUAGUAGCCAGGAGGUUCAGUACUGUCCCGUAACACAGUUUAUCGGUCAACUGUUGAGGUUGCUUGUGUGCAAUAACGAGAAGUUUGGUCCUCAGAUUCAGAAGCACGUGAAGGAACUGGUCGGUCAGGAAAUGUCGGCCCAACUGUACCCGAUCCUUUUCGAUCAGAUUCGAUCGAUUGUGGAAAAGUUCUUUGAUCAGCAGGGUCAAGUUGUGGUGACGGAUAUUAACACGCAGUUUAUCGAGCAUACAAUCUACAUUAUGAAGUCGGUGCUGGAUGGCCGACAGAGUAAGGAUCAGAAUGAUCAACCAGCGAACGCGGAGCAUCUCGGUGUUACAAGCAUCGAAAACUUAAUGCUAGCAAUCGUGCGCUAUGUGCGCCAUCUGGACAUGACCGUACAUGCCAUCCACAUCAAGACCAAGCUCUGCCAGCUGGUGGAGGUGAUGAUGAAGCGGCGGGAUGAUCUUGCCUUCCGGCAGGAGAUGAAGUUCCGCAACAAGCUGGUAGAAUAUCUAACCGAUUGGGUUAUGGGAACGUCACACCAGAUAGCACCACCCGGGUCGGGUGAUGUGACUAUCAUUACCCGAGACCUGGACCAGGCGUGUAUGGAAGCGGUGGCGGCAUUGCUGCGCGGAUUACCCCUACAGCCAGAAGAAUCCGAUCGCGGUGACCUAAUGGACGCGAAAAGUGCUUUGUUUUUAAAGUAUUUCACUCUAUUCAUGAACCUGUUGAACGAUUGUGUGGAUGGGUCGGAGGCAGAUAAGGAUACGAAUAAUCCACCCUUGCUGCCUCCCCGGCCAAGGGUCGCGGCGGGGAAACUUACCGCCCUGCGUAACGCCACUAUUCAGGCGAUGUCAAAUUUGCUAAGCGCGAACAUAGAUUCGGGCCUGAUGCAUUCGAUCGAUCUUGGCUACAAUCCCGAUCUACAGACGCGUGCAGCGUUUAUGGAGGUGUUGACACAGAUUCUACAGCAAGGAACGGAAUUUGAUACGCUCGCCGAAUCGGUGAUGGCCGAUCGGUUCGAGCAGCUGGUGCAGCUAGUAACAAUGAUAAGCGAUAAAGGUGAAUUACCGAUUGCAAUGGCGCUCGCGUCCGUGGUUACCACCUCACAGAUGGACGAGCUAGCACGCGUACUAGUAACGCUGUUCGAUGCGAAGCAUCUGCUGUCGCCAUUGUUGUGGAACAUGUUCUACCGAGAGGUGGAAGUUUCCGACUGCAUGCAGACACUUUUCCGCGGCAAUUCACUUGGCAGCAAAAUAAUGGCCUUCUGUUUUAAGAUUUACGGUGCAAGCUACUUGCAAGGACUUUUGGAGCCUCUGAUUCGCCCAUUGCUAGAAGAACCAACCAGCAGCUUCGAAGUGGAUCCGGCCCGCAUCGAGGCAAGUGAAGACAUUGAAGUGAAUCGUAAAAAUCUGAUCGCUCUCACGCAGAAAGUGUUUGAUGCGAUCGUUAAUUCUGCUGACCGUUUCCCGCCCCAACUGCGCUCCAUGUGUCACUGUUUGUAUCAAGUCCUGAGCAAGCGAUUCCCGAACCUGCUGCAAAACAAUAUCGGUGCCGUGGGGACGGUAAUUUUCUUGCGCUUCAUCAACCCAGCGAUAGUAUCACCGCAGGAGCUUGGCAUUGUGGGAAAGCAGGUACCGACCCAGAUCAAGCGAGGUCUAAUGCUGAUGUCGAAAAUUCUGCAGAACAUUGCGAACCACGUGGAAUUUUCGAAAGAGCAGCACAUGCUAUGCUUUAACGAUUUUCUACGCGCGCACUUUGAAGCAGGAAGGCGCUUCUUCAUUCAAAUUGCUUCCGACUGUGAAACGGUCGAUCAAACAUCGCACAGCAUGAGCUUCAUAUCGGACGCGAACGUACUUGCGCUGCAUCGUCUGCUCUGGUCGCACCAGGAACGCAUCGGGGACUAUCUGUCGAGCAGUCGAGAUCACAAGGCCGUUGGAAGACGACCCUUCGACAAGAUGGCAACACUGCUCGCCUAUCUAGGUCCACCGGAGCACAAGCCGGUUGAUUCGCACUUGCUCUUCUCAUCCUACGCCCGCUGGAGCUCCAUAGAUAUGUCAUCGACAAAUUUCGAAGAGAUUAUGGUGAAGCAUCAGAUGCAUGAAAAGGAAGAGUUUAAAACUCUAAAGUCUAUGAACAUCUUUUACCAGGCUGGCACGAGCAAGGCGGGCAAUCCAGUGUUCUACUACAUAGCUCGUCGUUACAAAAUCGGUGAAACGAAUGGUGAUUUGCUGAUCUACCACGUCAUUCUUACGCUGAAACCUUUCUGUCACUCACCGUUCGAGGUGGUGAUUGAUUUCACACACACCUGCUCAGACAACCGCUUCCGUACGGAGUUCCUGCAGAAAUGGUUCUACGUUCUGCCCGAGGUGGCGUACGAGAAUCUAUACGCCGCUUACAUCUACAACUGCAACUCUUGGGUAAGGGAAUACACCAAGUUUCAUGAUCGUAUCCUCGCACCGUUGAAGGGCUGUCGAAAGCUGAUCUUUCUUGAUUCGCCAGCCAAACUAAACGAUGUGAUUGAUCCGGAACAACAGAAGCUACCGGGAGCAACACUAUCGCUCGAUGAGGAUCUAAAGGUGUUUAAUAAUGCGCUCAAAUUGAGCCACAAAGACACAAAGGUAGCGAUAAAGGUAGGCCCCACCGCACUGCAGAUUACAUCGGCAGAAAAAACGAAGGUACUGGCCCAUUCGGUCCUGCUGAAUGACGUAUAUUACGCGUCAGAAAUUGAGGAAGUCUGUCUGGUGGACGACAACCAGUUUACGCUUUCGAUCGCAAAUGAAAGCUCGCAGCUUAGCUUCAUCCAUAAUGAUUGCGAUAACAUUGUGCAGGCGAUCAUACACAUACGCAAUCGCUGGGAGCUGAGUCAACCCGAUUCAGUUACAGUGCAUCAGAAGAUUCGCCCAAAAGAUGUACCAGGCACGUUGCUGAACAUGGCACUGUUAAACUUGGGCUCAUCGGAUCCAAAUCUUCGAACUGCUGCCUACAAUCAACUGUGCGCCCUAACGGCUACCUUCGAUCUGAAGAUCGAGGGUCAACUGCUGGAAACGCAAGGACUCUGUAUACCGUCGAACAAUACGAUCUUUAUUAAAUCGGUCAGUGAAACGCUCGCUACCAAUGAGCCGCAUCUGACGCUAGAAUUUCUUGAAGAGUGCAUCCAAGGCUUCCAGCGUAGUACCAUCGAGCUAAAGCAUUUGUGUCUCGAGUAUAUGACACCCUGGCUGGCGAAUCUGGUGCGUUUCUGCAAACCGUCGGAUGAAGGCAAACGGCAAAAGCAGGUGGCACUGAUCCUGGAAAAGCUGAUCAACCUGACGAUCGAGCAGAAGGAGAUGUAUCCAUCGAUUCAGGCAAAGAUUUGGGGCUCGAUCGGACAGAUACCGGAGCUGAUCGAUAUGGUGCUGGAUAACUUUAUCCAUAAAUCCGUAAGCUCCGGUCUCGGAUCGCCACAGGUUGAAAUAAUGGCCGAUACGGCCGUUGCGCUAGCGUCCGCCAACGUGCAGCUGGUGGCUAAAAAGGUGAUCGGACGGUUGUGCCGUGUGAUGGACAAAACAUGCCACUCGCCGACACAGUACCUCGAGCAGCACAUGAUGUGGGACGACAUUGCUAUCCUUGCCCGUUACCUGCUCAUGCUGUCGUUCAACAAUUGUCUCGACGUGGCCAGACACCUCCCGUACCUAUUUCAUACGGUAACGUUUCUCGUGUGCACCGGUUCACUGUCGAUGCGCGCCUCCACUCACGGACUGGUAAUAAAUAUCAUCCAUUCGCUUUGUACCUGCACGAAACCGUCCUUUUCGGAGGAAACCCAACGCGUGUUGCGUUUGUCACUGGACGAGUUCUCCCUGCCGAAGUUCUAUCUGCUAUUCGGCAUCAGUAAGGUAAAGUCAGCCGCCGUUACCGCGUUCCGCUCGUCCUGCCGUCAUCCCAACGAUCGGUGGUUGGGUAACGAGCGUGUAUCACAGGCACCGCCAGCCGAUCGCGAGCGACUCGCCCUCCCAUCGCUGGAAGUGAUCACCGAAGCGUUGCUGGAAAUUAUGGAAGCCUGUAUGCGCGAUAUUCCCGACUGCGAUUGGCUGCAAACGUGGACCUCGCUCGCAAAGAGCUUUGCGUUCUGCUUCAAUCCUGCCCUGCAGCCACGGGCACUCAUCGUGUUUGGAUGCAUUUCCAAGAGCGUCACGGACCAGGACGUUAAACAGCUGCUACGUAUACUUGUGAAAGCGCUCGAAUCGUUUAAUGACAUCAUUUUGCUCGAGGCACUCGUCAUGUGCUUGACUCGUCUUCAGCCACUUCUCCGUCCGGAAUCUCCCAUUCAUCGGGCGUUGUUCUGGGUAGCGGUGAGUGUGUUGCAACUCGACGAAUCUACACUGUACGCUGCCGGGUUGGCACUGCUCGAGCAGAAUCUGCACACACUCAAUUCUCAGCAACUGUUUGACAACCAAAAUAUUGCCGAUGUGAUGAUGGCAACGCGAGAACCACUUGAGUGGCAUUUCAAGCAGCUUGACCAUGCCGUCGGUUUGUCGUUCAAGUCCAACUUUCAUUUUGCACUCGUUGGCCAUCUGCUGAAAGGAUUCCGACAUCCGACGCCUACCACCGUGUCCCGCACAUCGCGUGUCCUGACCAUGCUGCUCGGCAUAGUUGCCAAACCACAUCGACGCGAUAAGUUUGAGGUAACACCGGACAGUGUGGCCUAUCUGACUGCGCUCGUCUGUUUCUCCGAGGAGGUACGUUCACGGUGCCACGUUAAACACACCGUUCCUCGGUGGCCAGUGGAGUCGGGUGGUUCUGGUGAUUCGGGCAGUGGCAGUAGCAGCGAUCCAUCGGCACCAAAUUCAGCUGGUGGUGGACCACUGACGGGUGGUUCCGGUACGGUCGCUUCCAGCACAUCCGGAGGCAAUAGUGUGCGGCGUCAAAAGUCCUGGGAUAUGCUGGACCAGUCCGCUAUUCAGUAUGCACGCCAGUCUCAUAAAGUACAGCAGCACCAGGAACCGGUGGUUAUCAGAGGAAAAUCUUGGAGAAGUCUCGAUUCGGCGCACAAUCCGCACCUGGGAAUGAUCAGUCAUUCCUCUUUCGUUACUCACGGUAACACAACCAUCACCACCACCACGAACAACAACAACAACAACAACAACAUGAUCAACAUGAACAGCAACACUUCAAAUUCCAUCACCAUAGGCAUGCCUAAUUUGAACAUCAGCUCCAUCAUUACUAACAUCAGUAGCAACACUAACAAUACUCCAACGGCUAGCAGUACCUACGCAACUGCUAGCGCUAAUGCAGCGAGUGUCGCCGGGUCCAUUGGCGCCGGUGCAUAUCAAAGCCAGCGGAACGAUUUUCGUAACCGGCGCUCCUCGUCCGAACCGGUCAAUCACGGGCAGAUGGUACUGAUGAACCCGAACAUUGCCAAACUGAUUGCGCUCAAUCAGGGCCACACGCCGGCGUACGGUUACGGUGCAGGUGUCGGUAGUGGUGCAUCGGGGGCAACUGGUGCAGCCACCGUUGGGCAGACCGGUGUUGCUGCCUGCGGUCAGCAGUUACCUUCCGCACAGUUGCCGACAGCUGCACCAGUGCCGGGCUCAGCCGGGACUGGGCCAACCAUGCCGACGGCGGACGAAGAGGCUACCGAGCAGACGAGGGACACGGCAAAGCAAGGGACAAAGGACGAAAGCGAAAACUUUAUCGUCGACUGCUUGCAAGACAUAUCAUCGAUCAAAAUUGCACGAAUGCUGUUCAAAACCCACCGCUCCUUCUCUGUUCCAACGACCAAAGAACGCCUGGGUAAAUCGACGCGGAUUGACAAUCGCCAGAAGGAGAGAGGUUCACGGUCCUCGGUCUCGAACGAAUCCAAUGUACUGCUCGAUCCAGAAGUGCUACCUGAUUCAUCUACCCAAGCGCUGGUGCUAACGGUGCUGGCAACGCUGGUAAAAUAUACUACGGACGAGGCUGAAACACGUGUCCUGUAUCAGUAUUUAGCGGAAGGAUCGAUCGUGUUUCCGAAAGUUUUCCCAGUGAUUCACUCACUGUUGGAUCAGAAGGUCAACAAUGUCCUGUCGGUGUCGAACGAUCAAAUCGUGUUGGCAUCGGUGCAGAGCAUCAUACAGAACAUGCUAGCAAGUGAGGACGCUAGUCAGCAACCAUUGCACUUCUUGCAGAGCUGCGGUUUCGGGGGACUGUGGCGUUUUGCUGGACCCUUCACCAAGUACAACAUGAUGGUUGAAUCGUCGGAGCUGUUUGUCAACUUUCUGGAAGCGAUGGUGGAAACGUGCCUCCCGGUGGAGGAAACCACCCCGAUGCCACCAUCCCCACGGCCGUACAAUCUCAGCUCGAGCCUGAGCAGCCUCACGCUCGGUUCGCCGACGGAUAAAGCAUUUUCAUCAGAAUCUCUAGAUCACGAUGGCUUUAGCGGAAGCGUUAGUUCGCUGCGCCGUGCGUCCUGCAGCAAGGCCCGUACAGGUACGAAGCAUCGGUUCAUAGACAGUCCCACGCACAAUAUCUAGUCGGAAAUCUGGUGGAGCGCCGGCCGGAUAUUGCCUUCCAUUGUUGCCGCAGCUAGCCGCGCUGGAGCUA